GGUCUGUCUCAGAAGUCCAUGGUCCGUAGUGCACCUAGUCGGCGCUAAGACCCGGAGGCGCGCGGUCGUCUAGCCGUCAUUCACUUCCUCUUUCGGCUCGCUCUCUUUCUCUCCUAUGUGAUCAUGGCUGCGCUCAAACAUUACCAGCCAUGUUUGCAAAUCUGAAACCCAAAGGUUAGCGAUUUAGCCGUUUAUUAUUUACAUCGCUUACACCCUCUUCAUCCACAUUGGUCCUUUGCCGGGGGGCCAGAGUCUCUGUCUCCUGUGCGAUCGGCACAUAUCAAGAUGGAAGCAAAUAACCAUUUUAACUACGGGCCUCACUCUUCUGUGUCAGCUAACUCAGGACUGAAGCAUUCCUCAGGAGAUUCUCUCUAUACUAACGGGUCCUCCAUGAGCUUCCCCCAGCAAGGGAAAAAUCUGAAUGGCGAAAUGAAUGUGAAUGGCAUCACUACUGCAGGUGGGAGCAGCCAGCCCGGCGGCCACCCUCCCUCUUCCUCUUAUCCUCAUAUGAGCAACCAUCACCUCCCAGGCAGCAUUGGAUAUGACUAUCUGUGGGGCCAGUCUCAGUACAACCCAGCGAUGGGGCCUGUCCCUCCCCACGGGUUGCACCAGAAACAAGGCACCCAGGGGGGGAUACAACCACAGCAGCCUCAGCACCACUUCCAGGGGCAUGGACCGUACCAAGUCAACGGCAGUGUAGGAACGGCCCGGCAGCCCCCGGGUGCUGGGCCGCAGUUCUGGGGAAGGGGUAAUCCUGGGCAGCAGCAGCAGGGGGGAUCUUCGAUGUCCAUGGGAUUUAACUCUCAUAGCAUGUAUGGGACUUAUCCCAACCAGGGGCAUCCUGGCAUCCCACCGUCCCAGCAUCACCAGCAGCCUCCAGCCGUGCAGCACCAGUCUGCAACGGCACAUCAUCUCCAACAUCAUUCACACCACCACUCACCUCAACACCAGCAGCCGCAACAACAACAGCAGCAGCAGCAGCAUUAUGGCAUGAUGCCGAACGGAAUGCCAUAUUACCAGCAUCCUUCACACCAGUCCCAACCGCAGGCUCAGACUCAGUCUCAACCCCAGGCUCAGAUGAUUCCACCCGCCGCGCAGAGUUUUACGCCUCCACGAGGAAGCCCUCAGCAUCAUCACAUGGGCAGUGGAGGAGGCAGAAGCAGUCCCCACCACAUGCAGGUCCCAAUGAGGUCCCCUUCUGCAAUGCCUGAUAGUGGUUCGCCUAAGAGCAAAGAGAUGCAAGUUCAUAUGAAUGAGUCCUUUAAAGAAACCGAUAAAGGCUUUAAUGGAGUCGAGAGAAGCUCUGUACCCCAACGGUUGCCUAAACCUGAGGGUUUUCCUGUAAAGUCCCCUGGCCCUGUUUCCUCUACUGACUAUAACCAGGGUGUGCAGCAUCCAGCCGUGGACCUGGAGAAACCUGCAAAACAACAUCAGGAAAUGGGAGCCGCCGCAAAGGAGCUUAGUUCUUCCCCCAUCUCUGGACCUCCUCCGCUCCUGGCUAGUCCGCCUCGGAAAACAUCGACCCUGCCUCACCAGACGGUUUCUGGGCAGAAUUCACAUUCUCCUUCAUCUUCAGGAUUUGCUUUAUCUACAGCUUCGGGUGUCGGUGUAAACGCGUCCGUGUCUCCACCCUCCCCUCUCGCUUCACUGCCUCAGACGGUCCAAGGCCAAAGACCUGGGUUCUCUGCACCUUCAUCAGCUGAUGGGACACCUGCAGGACUUUGUACAACUCCUUCAAUGUCUUCUCCUAAGAGCUCCAGAGCUCUACCUGCUGUUUCGCACAGCCAGUCUGUGGUGUUUUCUUCUAACAUCUUGACGCAUCCUUCAACGGUGCCUGUGCCUCCUCAAACAGUUCCUCUGGCGGAGGCCCAGGGGUCAAAAAGUCCACAGGUCUCUCCAACACCUCUAUCUUUAGCGGCAUCUCCAUCUGUUGUCUCUGCUCCUCCUGCGUUGGCACCACUGAAAGGACCCCAAGAGGCAUCACCUCUAACAGGGCAGAGUCCUAAACAUCCUGCUGCUUCCUCGACUCCAACAUCUGCUGCCGAUAACAUCUCUCUCCCAGCGGUCUCUGCACUUCCAUCUAUUGUCUCUGGUUCUCCUCUCGCUCGGGCUUCAUCUGCACCAUCUCCCGCUGUUAGGUUUUCUUCUCAGGCAUCCGUGGCAUCUCUCAAUGUUUCUCCUGCUCCAAACGUGUCUCGUUCCCUCGUUGGCUCUGUGGCUCAACCUUCAGACAUUGUGGCAAAUUUGGACAAAUCUCGUAGUCCAGGGCAGGUGGGUUCUCAUGGUGUAGUACGGUACAACUUUGGGGAAUCGCAAUCUACUCAGAAGACUCCUGGUAAACAUGAGGCCUGUGGUUCCCAGAGUAAAGUUGGAGUCAUAAUCGGCACAUCCAAAAUGGAGUCCAACAGUGAGGCUCAGUCUGAGUUGAAUAAGUUGCAAACUCAUGGUAGAAACCUUGAACCAGCUUUCGUUGUUCCAAAGGAACCUGAGAGAGACACUAUGGCAGUUGGCAGAAAAGACUCUUAUAGUAUCAAAGAUCAAGCUACCCCAAGGAAAGGAGAAAGUGACACUUUAAAUGAUACUUUUGGCACUGACACGUCACUGGACUAUCCGUCCUUGGCUGAGUCAACCUACCUUGAAAGCUCAAGAGCAGAGGAUGGGAGUUCUAUGAUGGACACUUUUGAUAAUUCUUAUAGUCUUUCACAGACGGGAGACCAAUCAAAGUUUACUGAAGGAUCCAUGUUUGAUGACUCCAGGGACUUGCAGGAGACAUCUUGUGAAGAGGAAAACUUGAACAACUCCAUGACCUCUACAAGUUCCACCGAGGAGGCUUCCCUCAUAGAUAACACAUCUCUACUGGAUGAAUCUUUAAACACCUCACAAAACUGCUCCUCCCUGCUUUCUCCAUCUAUUAAUGCCUCUACACUCUCUAUCAAAGGUGAUCAGAUUCUUGAUACUUCAGACCUAUCUGGAGGUGACCGAAGAUCUGCGCUCUCUGCAAUGACCGCUAAAGCACUGCAAGUGGUUGUAAGCGGUUCUGUUGAAGGGACAGCCACACAUAUAUCUGAAACCCUUAUCGCCAUUCCAACAAAAAAGCCACGGAAGCCUAAAACCCCAAAGAUGCCAGUUGCUAUUGCUGAAAUCGGGUCUCCUGAUUCCAAGAUCAAGAAGCGGAAAUUAUCACCUGACGGCCCAAAACAAGAAAAGGUUAGAAGGAGAAAGAAAACAGAGGAGAAUACAUCGACUGCAGUGAAGAAGAGGAAAAAGGAACAGGAGAGCAUCCCAACUGAUACCUCAAAUCCUUUAAAUGCUCCGCUUUACCUUCCAAAUGAUCCUCUGACCUUUGUCCAUGACUCAAUCCUGACCAAUAAUGAGAGCCCCAUAGUCCAACCCAAGAAGAUCUGGAAGCGUAAGAUGAAAGAAGGCGUGAAUGAGGCAAAGCCUUCCAAACCAGCCAAAACUGAGUUGGCAGAAGGAAAAGCUGAAGAUGAUGAUAACAGCUCCACAGCAGGUGACACCCCAAGACGUAGGAUUGCAACUGAAGAGCAAGUCCAAUUUCCUUUGCAGCAUGGCUGGAAGCGAGAGAUUCGAGUCAGGAGGUUUGAGGACCGCCUGAAAGGGGAGACGUGGUAUUACAGCCCCUGUGGCCGGAGGAUGAAGCAGUUCCCUGAAGUCAUCAAGUAUCUGAAGAGGCAUCAGGAUGGUCUCCAGGGCGUUUCGAGAGAGCACUUCAGCUUCAGUCCACGCAUGCCAGUGGGUGAUUUCUACGAGGAGCGGGAAACCCCCGAGGGUAUGAAAUGGUUCCUCCUUGCCAAUGAGGAAGUGCCCUCCAUGAUCAUGGCAAUAACAGGCAGACGUGGUCGUCCUCCAAAUCCAGACAAAGAGCCUCGUUCCCGUGGACGCCGAGUCAGAGGAGCCCAAGGUAGACGGCCAGGCCGACCUCCCAAGGCCAAGAUGGAGGAUCUGCUCAGCAAAGUGGACGCCAGGCUGCUGAAGAGACUGGAGGCAAAGGAGGAUCUCACUGAGGAAGAAAAAGAAAAACUAGUCAAGAUCAAGAAGAAAAUGAAGAGAAAGGCAAGAAUGAAAAGAAAGGAGGAUGCAAAGAUUAAAAAGAUCCGGCAGGAGAAACGGAAAGCCAAAUUGGAGAAAGCCAAAGAGCAAGAACAGGCUGAUGAAGACCAGACUCAGAGCCCGUCAUUUGAAAGCCCUCUGUUGGACGCGGAGGGGCCCAAGAAGCCCGGGCGCAGGAGGAAGGUCGCCGUACCAGUGGCAGUGGCAGUGGCAGAAGCAGAGGCGCUGGAUCCAGAGAAGGCCAGCCCGAUCAAGAGAGUGGCCAGGGCCCGCAGCAAAGCCAAGGCUCUUGCCAAGGCCCAGGCUCAAGCUGAGGCCGAAGCGCAGGCUGCUCUGGCAGCUAAGAGGCAGGCGGAGAGGAGGGCGCAGGCUCAGAGACGAAUGGAGGAGAGGAAGAGGCAGCAGAUGAUCUUAGAGGAGAUGAAGAAGCCUGCAGAGGACAUGUGUCUCCCCGAUCAUACGCUCCUCCCAGCGUUGUCACGGAUACCAGGACUGGUGCUUUCAGGGUUGGCCUUCUCCAAUUGUUUAAGGGUGGUCGAGUUCCUCCAUGGUUACGGAAAGAUUCUGGGGCUCCAGGUGCCCAAGGACAUUCCCAGCCUGAGCACCUUGCAGGAAGGGCUCCUCGGCAUGGAAAAAAGCCAGGGCGAGCUCCUGGAUCUGCUCAUUAAACUGGUGGAGGCCGCUCUGCACGAUCCUGGACUGCCCUCUUAUUACCAGUCUGUGAAGAUCCUGGGGGAGAAGCUGGUGGAUCUGGAGCUGAGCCACAACACUGUUUCUGAAGUGCUGCGGAUCUUUCUGGAAGCCCAUGGCUUUGAGUUGGAGGUGUGUAACAGUCUCCGUACAAAGAGCUUCCAGACCCUCAAACCCGAUGUCAAAGCCUCCAUACUGGCCUUCCUGGUGGAGGAACUCAACGCCAGCAACAUAGUCACCAGGGAGAUUGAUAACACACUAGAGAAUAUGGCAACCUACAGGAAAAACAAGUGGAUUAUAGAAGGCAAACUACGCAAACUGAAGGCUGCGCUGGUGCGGAAGACGGGCCGCCCAGAGGAGGAGCUGUGCUUUGAGGAGCGUCGGCGCAGUGCUCGUGUGGGCAUGACGGAGGAGGAGAGCAUCGAGGAGAGCUGUGUGUUGGAGAGAGGGAGCCGCCGCAAAGCCAAAGAGGAACCCAAAAACACUGAGAUUGAGAGCCCUAAUACCUGCAGUGUUGCUGAACUGGAGCGUCAGAUUGAUAAGCUGACCAAGCGGCAAGUGUUUUUUCGCAAGAAGCUGCUACAGUCGUCUCAUUCCAUGCGAGCAGUGUCUCUCGGGCAGGACCGGUACCGUCGCAGGUACUUGCUGCUGCCUUAUAUGGGAUGUAUCCUCGUGGAGGGAGCGGAGGAUAUCUUGGCCUCUGGUGAAGUGACGGUCAGUGAUGAACCUGUGACUUAUGUGAAGGUCAUAAGCCCAGUGAAAACGGAGGUUAAAGCGGAGCCUCCCCUCUCUCCGGGUUUCGGGACGUCGCGUGCCUCUUCCCCUCGAGUAUCCCAGCUUUCCCCCACAGAGGUGGAUCCUCUACCCGGCGAGGCCUCUCUGAUGAGCAGCCCCCGAGGACGGGGACGCCCACGUAAGAUCAAACCGGAAGUGGAGCUCCACCUUCGAGCCGCCAAGAACCGGCGGCGACGUCGUAGCAGCAGAUCAGCAGGUGAAGAUUCGGCCCUUAACUCCCCUGUGCAGGAUCUCGCUCGGCCCGCUUUCCAGGCCCCUCUCGAGCAGCCGCAGGACUCGGAGGCUGACGGCAGCACGCCGAUCGCAGCAUCUGGAGCUGGUCAGGGUGAGGAUAACAGCCAACCAGAGGACAGUAUGAGGGAGCAGGCAGAGAAACGAGGCCAGUGGUUCAAUCUGUUGCCUAAGGAGCCGUGUGACGAGGCGUCUCUCUCCCAGCCAUGCGAGAACACCCCUGCACCCACUUCAUCCCCCGCUAAAGACACUCCAGCACCCCUCGGCUGUGACCCGCUCGCUGCACCUCCACUGCAGCCUCCGAUGACACAGAUGCAGAUGGAAGCUGCUCCUCUUCCUCUUCCUCUUGCUGUUCCUCAGGUGUGCUCCACUCCAGCUCCAGCUCCCAGGGCUGGCAGGAGGCGCAGGAGAGGCAGCGGGCCGUCCCGGGUGCACUCUCGAUCCAGCACGGCCAAGAGGCGCGGCAGACCUCCCUCCAAUCUCUUCCAAGAGGUUGAACUGAAGUAUUUCACUCAGCUGAUGGUGAAGCCUAUUCCGUUAGAGAUGGUGAAGGGCUGGUGGUGGAUCAAAGAACCGGAGGAGCUGACAGCCAUUCUGAGCGCCCUUCACCCACGGGGCAUUCGAGAGAGGGUUCUCCACAAACACCUCACUAAACACAUGGAGUAUCUGGCUGAGGUCUGCAGACGUCCCGUGACCGAUCCCAUCUUUCAGAUGACAGUGGAGGAUGGCGACACGCUGCUGGAGGCGUCUAAACAGGCGUGGAGUGAGCAGGAGAGAGCGGUAAAGUUAGACGUCAGUGUUCUGCAGUGGGUGGAAGACCUGGAGCAGAGGGUAGUCGGUGCAGACCUUCAGCUCAAGGUGGCCAUUCCCAACACAGAGAGUGAUAUGGAGGCUAGUCAGGAAUCAUCAAGCUCUCAGUUUCAGAUCUAUACCCCUCCCGAGCCGGACUCCACGCGGGAGGACCUGCAGUAUUACGAGCAUGAGGUUGACCCCAAGGACGACUGGAUGGUCAAGACUAAAAAGGAAUGGUCCGAUCUCCUGCGAGUUCCCAACAACCCCCUGGACCUGGCCGUCCUCCGAUUGACUAAUCUUGAGCGGAAUGUUGAACGGCGUUAUUUGAAGGAGCCGCUGUGGAAUCUGGCAGAGGUGGUCCGCUUGGCACCUCUCACCCCUCCGCCCGGUGGGGAGGAAGUCCCGUUAGAUGCUGUUAGCUUGGAAAGUGAGAUCACACCCAGGCUGAGGACGUGGCGCCAGGCCCUGGACCGCUGCCGCAGUGCAUCUCAACUCUCGCUCUGUCUGCUGCAGCUGGAGAAAGCCAUCGCAUGGGAGAGGUCCAUCAUCAAAGUGACGUGUCAGGUGUGCCGUAAGGGUGAUGAUGACGAGUACCUGCUCUUGUGUGAUGGCUGUGAUCGUGGGUGUCACAUGUUCUGCCUGAGGCCUAAGGUCAUGCAGGUGCCAGAAGGCGAUUGGUUCUGUCCCACCUGCGUUGCCAAGGAAAACGGUGACACUCCAAGAUCACAGCGUUCAUCGCGUCAGAGAUCAAAGGCGCGGAAACGGCGUCUUGCAGAAGAUAGUUCAGAUGAGGAUGAAGGGUACAAACGAGGCAUGACCACGCGACAAAAAGAUACCACAGCUUCCUCAAGUGGGACGAGCAUCUCCCCUUCCAAGCGCAGGAGGAUGACCACACGAAACCAGCCUGACCUCACCUACUGCGAGAUCAUUCUGAUGGAAAUGGAGGCUCACUCAGACGCCUGGCCUUUUCUGGAGCCGGUCAAUCCCCGCCUGGUGCCUGGCUACCGACGCAUCAUCAAAAACCCCAUGGACUUCCUCACUAUGAGGGAAAGACUUCUGCAGGGAGGGUACUGCAGCUGUGAGGAGUUUGCUGCCGACGCUCAGCUGGUUUUCAACAACUGCGAACUCUUCAACGAGGACACGUCAGAGGUGGGCAAGGCCGGCCACUCCAUGCGACGCUUCUUCGAGAGCCGCUGGGCGGAGUUCUACGAGAACAAGGACAAAUAGAGACGCUGCCCUCUGCUGCAUGGGAGGAACCAUCGGAAUGCCACGCCCCUUUGAUGAUGCUCAUUACUACUAAAAACUCUUUCUGGAGAGCCCUCCAGUCCUAUGUAUGCAUACACAUGUAGAUAUAUGUAUAGAUUUGUUCUCUUUGUUUUACAAGUAUCUGUUUUUGCCCCCCCAAAAACUUUUCUUUAUCACCUGGUAUUACGGCGUACAGACUUCUCAUCUUUAUUCAGUUUCAUCCGUCUCUCUUUUGGGGUAGAAGUACUUUUACAGGACUUGAUUGGGUCACACUUGAUGUCACGUGUCAAAGACACACCUCUAUCAGGACGUUCUCUCUGUUUCGAUCAUUUACUCGAAGCCUUCUGCUCUAUAAUGUACUGCUCGUGGACCACGCGUGUCCCCUUGAUUGAAAAUGUAACGUAACGUGCUUUCGAUACUAGAAGCAAUUUCCUCAGUAUAUAUUUUUUAUUAUACACUAUAUAUACACUUAAAGAAAGAAAAAAAAAUAGUUGGGAUUAUUUAAUAGCAAUAGACUGUAGUGAAUCUGUACAGACACGUCGUAGAGAGAUGUAUAGGUGACUCAUGAAAUGGCCAGUAAACAUACUAUAUCACGUGUAACUCAUCACGUCUUUUGCUUGUAGAAUAUUGGUCUUAUGAACUGGAGGUUUGCCAUCUUUUACUAAGGUUAUUUUUCUGUCAUGCCCCCUAAACCCAGAAAAUCAGUGUUUGUUCAUAAUGAAAUCUGACUUAAUGCCAAUAGCAGACUCGUUUUAACCGCUACAACAAAAGGCUGGUUUUAACUUCCUUGUUUUUAAGCUCCGCUAGCUAGAUAGCCGUUUUCGAAGCUUUUGCUUGGUGUAUGACUAUUGUCUGUGGGGGAAAAAAAAAACUUUAGGCCGUAUUGAUAUUGGUUUAUAUGGAAAGGAUAUGUACGUACUUCUGACAGUAGAGGUUUGUUUAGCGACGCUUAUUUUCAUUGGAACAGUAUCUCCGCUGUCUCUUCGGUAUGACUGGAUCCGGUUUUCAUGAAUAUAAUUUGUUGAAACCCUUGCAUCCUCAGAUGUUUAGACUGUUUUAUGUGUUUUAAUGAUGUGCGUGUGAUUGUUUGAACCUGGACCAACUCCCUCAUAAAGGACAUUGUAACCAUGCUUUCUCAAAUGAAAAUGCCUUGCAUCAUUAGUGGUCUAACUGACCCGUAAGGAUUUGCAAAAUCCAAACGUUUUCAUUGUCCCCGCCCCAAUGACUUUUUGAGUUUCACAAUUUUUAUUAGUCAAAAGCAGGAUGCUACAGCACUGAGUAGAGAAGCGCAGUAGAGCACACUAUUCAUGUUCAUUCAUACACUGAACUCAACGUGCGCAGCAGGAAAUGUAUCGUUCACUCUGUGUUCCUCAGCAUACAAAAAGGGACAUAUUUGCUGUUUUUUUUUUUUACAGAUGGAAAACCUGAAGACAGUACUAGAAAAUUCAACCAAAUGUGGUGUUUAGUGAAUUUUUAAUAAUGUACAGUUUUUGUGACUUUAAAUUUGUUCCUUUCUAUAUUUUUAGGACCAAUAUAUCGUUUUUAAGAGGCGACAUUAAAUGACCAUGUUGUUUCAAGGUAAUGUAACACGCGUGCAUCUGUAGAAUGUACUGUUAGCGGAAAUAAAACCACAUCUAGUAGACGAUAA